AUGGAUCAAGUGUGGCGCUCGGCCAUCUUUUUUAUUCUGGAACACCCUGCCGUUUUGAGUUUAUCGGAGCACCCUGCGAUGUUAAAGUCCUUGAUUGAGGCAAACACAAAACUUGAGCUCGUUCGUAAAGGGCUUGCAGGAUAUCUUGAUGCAAAACGAAAUGCGUUUCCGCGCUUUAAUUUCAUUUCAGACGCAGAGCUGCUAGAAAUUCUUGCAAACACAACUGAUCCAACGAAUGUACAGCCGUAUUUACUAAAAUGCUUUUCUGGUGUCGCUGGUCUUGUAUUUUCGCGAAAUUCUGAUGAUGAAAAUGAGGCUCUAGUAAGCUCAGGCAGUGAACGCCUUGAAUUUGCAUAUUUAGCUCUAAAUAUAAAACCGAUUAGGCCGAGUAUGAAUAGAUGCGACGUCGAAUGCUGGCUAGGUGAAGUCGAGGAAGUUUCACGUCGUUCCUUGGCGUUGGCGAUUGAAGGUUCGACUAGGGAAUUUUUUAAUACAACAAGUCACGCCUUAGCGUUGCGUGUGCUUCGCGCGCACGAGUGGCAGGAACAAAUGCUUCUUGUUGUGCAUCGCGUCGCAUGGGCACGAAGCGUUGAAGAUGCACUUCGGCGCGCUGCCGUCGCAGCGGCCGAAGAAACAAUUAGUGCUGUGCAGACAACUGACAUCAAUGAUGAAGGAGGUACGACAUCCCGGGUUCGAGCAUCACUUGGCGUGCUGAUUGUUCUUGACAUCCAUCAGCGCGAUGUGACGUGUGCAUUAGUUGAUAGUGGUGCGUCUGAUGUUGCUGAUUUUCAAUGGCUGGUACAGCUACGAUAUUACUUGAGGAGCAACGAGGGUGCUCACACAAGCAUGCCGAGCAAAAUCGAAACUCACUGUGUUCAUCAAUGUCUACCAUACGCAUAUGAGUAUCUCGGAGGAGGUGGGAGAAAUAAGCUUGCCAUUACACCAGUGACCUCACGUUGCUUCCGGGCAUUCUUUUGUGCGCUUCGAACUCACGCUGGGUGCACAUUUCGAUGCAUCACUGGCGCCGGCGCCUCAGCGACACUUGUUGGAUUCACUCGGGCACUGGCAACCCACACUGUAACAUUAAACUGUGUCCCUACCCUAGGAUGUGCAACAGUGGCCAUGCUGCUACGUGGUGCAGCCACCAGCGGAGCCUGGAUAUGUCUAGAGGGCUUCAGUCGGCUUCCUCUCGAAGUGAUUUCGGUCACCAUGGCCAAAGUCAAGGAAAAUUUUAUAUUAGCCCAACGAGAAGCGAGCAAUAUGUCACCAUUCCAAACAGACGGAGCUCUCUUGGGGGCGAUGACUCGAACAUUUGUGAUUGAAUGUGACGCCGGCAAAGUCAAUGCCAAGUUUACAAGUGAAAUACGAGAACUUUUUCGUCCUGUUUCACUAAGCAUCCCCGAUCCUGUGAAUAUAGCGGAAAUCUUGUUGUGCGCGCACGGUUUGCAACGCAUGCAAGCUCAUUCGUUGGCCAAGCAUAUUUCACAAACUCUGGGACUUUGCACCAAGUUAUUGUCAGGUCGUGAACCAUAUUAUCAGUUUGGGUUGGGAAUGAUGUCUAUUGUUGUAGCCACUGUCGCCUCCACAAUUAGGACGCAGGGCUGUUUUGCGGAAGGUGCUGAAGCUAAGCCCGCUCUGACAGAUGCUAUUCUCAUGCGAGCAUUAGCUGACACUAUGGAGUCCGAAAUUGCCCUGCGAGACAGUGAGCUUUUCAAAAGAAUUCUGGGAUCAAUUUUCGUAGAACUCCCUGCACUGGAACGUGACCUGAGUGAGGAGUUUGUUACGACAUUUAGGGAGGCAUGUAAGGCGCGAAAACAAUUGCCGUUAGACGGCUUCUGCACGAACGUGAUGCGUCUCCAUGAUUCAAUUAAUUCAUGGCCUGGUGCUGCUCUUAUUGGUCGCUCGUUUUCCGGGAAGACAAGCACUUGGAAAAAUCUCAUCACCACCAUAGGUCUACUGAAGCCGCAAACCAACGUCGCUGUCGCAUCCCUUGUCGCCUAUCCAGGUGCUCUAACGCUAGGGGAACUAUAUGGGACAUUUCACCCAGAAAGUCGCGAGUGGACAGAUGGCAUUUUGUCAGGUUGUUUUCGUGAGGUAUCGCAGAGGAGCGUCUGCGAUGUUCCAAGAAAGCGCCAAUUCCUUGUAUUGGAUGGUGCUGUCGAUGCGUCCUGGACAGAGCAACUGCACGGUGCUCUCGAUGACUCCGCCACUCUGUGCUUGACAAAUGGCGAAUUCAUUCACCGGAGUCAAAUUUUAUCUAUUAUAUUUGAAUCCGAGUCUCUACAUGCUGCUGCCCCUGCAAUGGUGAGUCGAAUUAGUGUUGUAAACCUCGCUGAUAGUUACAUGAAAUGGCGGGUGCUUUACGACUCGUGGAUCUGCUCGCGCGAUGCGCAGGGCGUUGAGGAAUGUCGACUUCUCGAAGCACUAGCUGAGUGGUUGGUUGAACCAGCCCUUGCUUUUGUGCACCACGAGCUGCACGGUUAUGUCGAACCCUUGAGCGAUGAGUCGUUGGUCCAGUCGCUGUUGCGACUCCUUGAUGGAUUGCUCCAUAUCUAUGUCAAGGAAAGGCGCCAACGAAGACAGCACAUCGAGUGUGCAUUUCUCUGGGCACUUUUGUGGUCGGUGGGUGCAUCUGGUCCUGAAACAGCUCAGACACAAUUUGGAGUCUUCCUGCGGGAUAUUAUUUCUGACUCUCGAGUCAUUCGCACUAGGUAUAUGACCGUGCACGAGUCACUGACAAGACGGGGUUGGUGUCUCCCGCUUCCUUCGAAAGGGUCUGCACACGACUAUGAAUAUCGGCCAAGAGACAAUGAAACUGGAGCAUGGAGAAUGUGGACGGACGCGCUGCAGGCGGGAGGACAAUAUUCUGCCCCAGAAAUUAGUGGCACCACAGUAAUUAGUGAAUUACUCGUGCCUACGAUCCAGACGGUACAAUCUGGACUACUUCUUGAUCUAAUGAUGCGCGCUGGUGGUUACCCUGCACUUUUUUGCGGUCCUCCAGGAUCGGGCAAAACUGUACAUGCUCGCGCGGCACUUGCACGCUUGCCUCGAAAGAAGCAUCGAACUGCAUAUCUAAAACUUCAUGCAACUACCUCAGCUCGAUCAUUUUCUCACGCGCUACUUGGUCGCCUUGUUAAACGACGCAAGGGUGUAUUUGGCCCACCAAUAAAUCAGAAAGCCGUAGUUUUUGUGGAUGAUAUAAAUCUCCCGGAUGUUCGAGGACCUGGCAAAACGCAAAUGCCACUUGAACUCCUCCGCGGACUAAUUGAAAAUGGCUCAUGGUUUGAAACCCCUGAUGCAAAGGCCACCUCUAGUGACACUUCAAUAUGGGCAUCCACUAAUGGGCGGGCCGCUGCGAGCGCAAGCGUGCGACUUUUACGCCAUUUCACGAUCAUACAUACCUCAGAUCCGAGCGACACAACCUUAACACGCGUAUAUACGGUGCUCGUUGAGUCUCACUUUGCAUCCCAGUCUUUCGCAUCUGACAUUGUGGCGGCUGCUGCAGCUCUCGUCGCAGCAACUAUUUGGACGUUGCGAGAAGUUGUGUCAGAGCUACGACCCGCCCCAAACAGACAAUUAUGCACCUUUGAUACUCGUGAUUCUGCACGCUGCAUACAGGGAGUAUUGAGGUGUCGCGCAGAUGAUGACUUUGACAAGUCUGGCCUUGCUAAGCUUUGGGUACAUGAGGUUUUGCGUACUUUUAGUGACAGGCUGUUGGUUUUCGAGGACCAGGAAUGGAUGGUAACGCACAUACAGACUGCACUAUUGCGCAGUUUCAAGCUGGAUAUUGAUACACUCAUGACAGACCUCAACGAAGCACUACAAAAAGGGCGACCAUCGUUGAGGUCUGCCAAUGCAUCUAUUGGAUCACGGGAGCUACAACAGCUCAUCUUUACUGACUUCCAUAACCCCCUUGAGCGUGGCGUUUACCUCGAAGCUCGUGAUACAAUUCAGUUGUAUGAUGCUUUAGAUCGGGCUCAAGAUGAGUUCUGCAAUAAGGAUGAUUUGGUGCGUGGGAACAAACGCAUAGUAGUAUUUCCGCUGGUAGCAGCUCAUAUCUCGCGUCUUGUGCGAGCUUUUGGCUCGUCGGGCGGUGGUCACGCUCUGCUUGGUGGUGCCACUGGAACAGGACGACGAGCUGUUGCGCGUCUUGCCGCCCAUGUUUCUGGCUGUACGUUGCUCGAGCCACGGCCAUACGCGCAGUUUGAUUCGCUAGCUUCGUGGCGCAACGAACUGAAGUUGGCCUUGAGGCGUUCAGGUAUUGGUGAUGUGCCAGUCUGCUUGCUCAUUGCUGAUACACACGUCUUAUCUCUCGAGGAGAUCCUUGUCGACAUCUGUGACGUUAUGGCUACUGGGCAGACUCCGGGUCUUUUUCUCGUGGACGAACGCGCGGAAAUUGCGGAAGAGAUGCGCUCUCGCAUGCGAAGGCAGCGAGGCGCAAAGAAUGCAGAAACAAUGAGCUCCGAUGAUCUGUUUUCUUCUUUUUUGGAAAGAGUGCGCAUUCGCCUUCAUAUCGCUCUAGUUCUCUCUUUGGAAAAAGAAAACAUUACAAAGGUCAAGCUCAUCACGAUGUUGCGUCGCUUUCCAGCGCUAGUGUCCAACUUCAUGUGUGUUGACCAUUAUGCCUCUUGGCAGGACAAUGCACUGUCUGCCGUCGCUGAGAGCCUUCUUGGUUCGGCCAGGUUUGUGGUUGGAACCGGUCUCGAGAUUGAGGCAUUAUGCUGCCAGAUCCAUGCUUCAAUUAAAUCCGGCCACGACCAUCGCACGUAUGCGUCAACUUCGACCUUCCUUGAGCUUCUUGAGUGCUUUCGAGAUAAUGUCAGUCGAGCCCAGGCGACGAUUGGGAACGCGCGCGCGUGUUAUGGUCGCGCAUUGGACGUAGCUCAUCAUGCUCAAAAGGCAAUCGCGACCAUUGGUGAUGGUAUUGCUGCGGCACGGGCCGCACUUGAUGCAACCAACUUCGAAGCCGUCGUUUUUGACUCUGAGUUAAGUCACAAAAAGUCGAUUUCUGGAGUAGAAUCAAAAUACGCAGAAGUCGAAGCGGAUGCGGAGGCCCUUGUUCACGAAGAAGCAGCAGCGCGGGUUCUUGCAGAGGAAUUCGAACGUGAGAUUGCUCAGGCCCAACCCGCAUUUGACGAAGCCUAUGCCGCUCUCGAAGCUUUGUCUGUCGCAGACUUGUCCGAAUUGCGAGCUUUGCCACGCCCCCCAAUAGGGGCGAAGCCCAUUCUUGAGGCUGUUUGCAUUCUUCUCGGAGAAAAACCAGUCAAAGUUGCUGACCCCGCCGACCCCACACGACGAGUUUUGGAUUUUUGGGGUGCAGCUCAACAGCGGGUGCUGAUAGGUGAACCUCCGCAACUGGUGUCUAGGCUACGCGGAGUAGAUCAUGACAAAAUAUCAAGCAAGGCCAUUUCAAAACUAAAAGAUACCUACAUAGGACCAGGAGCGACACAUGAAGCAUCCUUUGUAGAGCCCGAUAUGCUUGAUGGCUUCAUAGGCGCGACUGUCUCAAGUGCACUUUGCCGAUGGGUUCGCGCGGCAAGCAGUUAUGAGCAGACUUCGCGCACUGCGCAACCGAAACGUGAUGCGGCAGCACGUGCUCAGUCUGAGCUUGAAAAGUCCCUAGAAGCGCUCGAGCGCAAAAGGAAUGAAGUCAACGGUGUUGAGGCUGAAUUGGCAGAUAUUGCUGCUGGACGAGAUGCGACUCGUGAGCGCUGUGAUGAGCUUCAAGAGACCAUCUUGAUUAACUCUCGUCGUCUCGAGCGCGCAAAGUCCUUGCUAGAUGCUCUUGUGUCGGGUGGGGAGCUGGAGCGGUGGGAGACACUGGCUUGCGAAGCUGAUACAAGAGCCCUGUCUCUUGUACUGGCAUCUAUGCUCAACGAGCCCCGUCUGUCCGAAUGGCGUGAUACCCUCUCGCCUCUCCCAUGGUGCCUGACAGAUACAAUUGCUGUAGAUUUGGAGUCAGUCGUCGAGUCUGCCCUCUUUGCCAAACAUGCCCGACGUUGGCCGUUAUUGUUCGACCCCCAUGGCGUCGCACUCAAAUGGGUGUGUUCCGCAGAAAAUUACUUGACUGUCGUCCGCGGGUCCGGAGAGCAUUCCAGGGUACAUCGUGCUGUUGAAACUGCGGCUCCGCUUGGCACCUCUGUGCUUAUCAAGGAUGUGCGUGAAGAAGACCUUCUUAAUCCGGCGAUAAUGGUAGAAAUGAUCCCACGCUGUCUUCAAUUAAACACGGCAACUUACACUGAGACAGAAAAGACCGGCGAUGGGUCUGGGCACGUCAGGAGAAACCUGUCGAUUGGACCUCCAAACCUCAGUAACGUAUUUGACUGCCAGGAAGGAUUCAGAUUUUACAUGACAACACAAUGGCUGAAACGACCACUUCCAGAAGUCAUCUGGGACGGGCGCGAGCAGCUCGUAUUGAUUGAUUUUGCGCAUUCUCCAUCCGCCCUUCAGAUGGAAAUGCUCCGUGUGAUCGUGUCCCAAGAGCAAGCUAGUCUUUACAAAGAAGGAACGAACAUUGUACAACAAAACAAGAGAUGCAAGGAACGGGUUAGCGAAGUCGAGAAAGAGGUCCUUUCAGCUUUGACAGUGCAACGUGGGGACGGCACCUCCGUUCUCGAUGAUGGUCAGGCCAUCGAGAAGUCUCGCAUAUUGAUGGAAGAAGUUCGCGGCCUGCGCGAACAAGAGCUCGACUUAAGUAGCAAUAAGCGCGAUCUUUAUUGUUCGCAUGAGCAUUACAUCCCAGUAGCUUGUGCUGCGCAAGUUUUUUUUUCUGCCAUCUCUGACUUAAUUCAUGUAGAGGCUGUGUAUGCAUUCUCUCUCACGUGGUUCGUCGAGUCCAUUUUGCUUAGUACGCUUCGAGGGUGCAGUAUUGGCCAUGCUGCGAUACAAGCAGACACAGACCAAAAUUUGUCGAACCGCCUCGAUCAUGUGCGCAUAAAACUGGCCCACACACUCUUUUCUCGCGUUAGUUCGGCCUUGUUGACAAAGGAUAGGCUACUGUUUGCGCUGCUCUUAGCCGUACGACCACAUCUUGCUCAGGGGCACAUAGGCGAUGCCGAGUGGCACUUCUUGCUUACCGGCGCUACGAGUGUCUCUUGGAAACAGCAUGCCAACCCUGCGAAAACUUGGCUACCGGAUGAACAAUGGAAUGAAAUGUGCUCGCUUGCUACCCUACCGACUUUUGCUGGGUUGAUCGAGGAGUUCGAAGCUCAAAUCAAGAUGUGGAAACGCAUUUAUGACGCUUCGGAGCCACAUGAGCAGCCCCUACCUCGCCACUGGGAUGCUGACCUACGUGGAGUUAACAGACUUUGCAUUCUUCGGUGUCUGCGACCCGACCAGAUAGCAAAUGCAGUCCGAAGGUUUGUUCGAAAUGAGCUUGGCAACAAUUUCCUCAAUGCUCCACCGGCCAGUAUUGAUUCAAUUAUAAGUGAAAGCAAGCCUGCUGUGCCCAUUAUGGUGACAACCACACGUGAAAAUACGGCCGCCGCGGCCAACAUGGUGAUUGCCACAGGAAAACACAUGGAUCGAUUUAUUGCGCAGAUACUUGUAGUGCCAGGUUGCAGGAGUAGCGGGGACGCGACUCUCGCACAGGCACGCUCGCGUGGUACGUGGGUUCUAGUGCGAAACCCGCAAUUAUGCCCGGAGUUUAGCUUGCGUCUCGAGGAAGUUUGCCUCGGCUGGGCGUCGGUUGAUACGAACACAAAGUUUCGUCUGUGGUUUGUGGUUGACAUCGAGAACGUACUAUCCACUAACGUACUUCGCCUAGCCACCAAGUUUGCCUAUGAGCCGCUGUGUGGGGUUCGCGCCGUUGUUCUUGACCUGUACAUGUCCGCAUUGGCCAGCACUCCUGACUUUUUAACUCGCUGCACUAGAGGGAACGAGUUUCGUAGACUUUUCUUUGCAUUGUGCAUAUGCCAUGCAAUCUUGCGCGAACGUAUCAUGUAUGGCUCGCUUGGUUGGAACGCGUCAUAUAACUUUCAGACAUCCGAUUUGCUGAUGUCGUCAGAGCAGCUCAUUCAUCUCCUUGACAACCACGAAGAUAGCCAAAACGCGGCGCCAUUUGCCGCCAUCGAGCUCUGUAUCAGGGAAUAUAUUUAUGGUGGGCAUAUCACAGACGUGAUUGAUCACCGCCUACUGGGCCUUGUGUUGAGUCGGUUCUGCUGCUCUGACGUUUUACGUCCCGGCCAUGCCCUCAGUCCUUCUGGUGAGUUUCGUAUGCCCCUUCAAGAUGGGAAUCAGGCGUCAUGGCUUAGAACGGUCGAGGGUCUGCCCGAAGUAGCACCCCUUGAGUUUUUGGGUCUCCACGAAAGUGCCACGGCAGGGAGAAAUAACAAAGAAACUGCAUCAUUACUUAGUGCUGUCUUUCUCACCCAGGGUGCCAAUAAUAGCAAGAGCAUUGAGUUCGACAAUUUUAAGGCAGUAGAAACUCGAGUUGAUGAGUUGCUGUGUCUGCUUCCAUCACACGAACUGGGCCAUGGUGAGGUGAAGAGGGGCUAUUUGGGGGGCAAUAUCGGAUUUACAGAUAGUAGCUUGGCCCACGAAGCAGGCAAGUACAAUGUACUCACCGGCGCGGUGCAGAGAUCUCUGUUCAGCAUAAGCAGCGCACUCUCCGGUAAGAAGAAUUUGGGCCCAUCGUUGGAAAAGAUGAUUUCACAAAUUGCAGGGGAUGAAGUUCCCACUGACUGGUGCAGAUUUUCUUAUUUGUCCAAUAGUAGACUCACUGCAUACAUCCAUGAUCUGGUCCUGCGGUAUAAUUUUUUUGCAUCAUGGUUACUACAACAGGCCCCACCCAUUUAUUGGCUGAGCGCAUUUUUUUCGCCAGUCGGCUUUCUCUCGGCAAUGCAGUUGGAUUAUGCAGCCCACAGCUCACAAAACAUAAUGAACAUCUAUCUCAGAUGUAGCCUAUUAUCAGUUUCCGAGGAAAAUUUUAGACUCGCCGACCCACUAGCGCAUGGUGUUCAUGUCAAGGGUAUUUUCAUCCACAGCGGAAGGUGGGACUUGCGCAGAAAAGGACUUGUAGACUGCCUCCCGAAGUCACAAUUCACUGCAGCUCCUUUGAUCUGGUUUGAGCCAACAAUUACCAGCACUGAUCGAAAACCAGACGGUCCUUUCGCUUGUCCACUGUAUAGAACAGCUUCCCGUUCAGGCCAGAUCUCCUCCGAUGGCCAGUCGAACAACUUUGUCAUGUGCAUUGACGUUCCUUCACCGUUGCCCGCAAGCCACUGGAUUGAGCGCGGCACCGCAAUGCUGCUGCAAGUUGAAUGA